AAGCUUGCCCACAGAAUUAUUCUUAUUCUGUGGCUUGCCCUUAAACUCGAUGCCGAGGUUGCAAUCUUUCUUGCUUACCAGCCUCGAAAUCGAAUGAUUGAACGUGGUCUUUUGUGAUGACUGUUGUUGUUUUGACAUGCGAUGAUUUUGGCGACAAGACGGAAUUCCGUUGUGGAACUUUAGAUUUCUGAAUGUUCAAGCUGCAGCCUGCUUCACGGAUGUACUGGCCAUUUCGUAGAAAAGGAGUUUUCUUCAAAUUUACUUGAAAUAAAGGGAAAUCACCCCAGCUCCCCUGCUGCGAUUGGCAAAAAGGCUGAUAUUUAAUUUUCGUUCGACCAAGGAAGUUGGAGCAAUGAAGGGUUCCAAGCAAAAUGGAGACAUAGAGUUGGUUGGAUUCGACAAGAAGCCUUCACCCGCCAUCUCUGAAAGGCCACAGAAUCCCUGGGACAACAAUGGAGAGUAUGUUUAUCACCUUCACCACCCAAACCACGAGAAACCAGGACUUAAACGUUACAGGGACAUGCAGAUUUUGGUCUACAAUUUCUUGGAACGACCAAGAAGCUGGCCAAGCAUCAUUUAUCACAGCUGUGUAUUUCUGCUCAUAUUACUGAGUUUGGUGCUAAGUGUUGUUACCACAAUAGACCAGUUUGCCAAGAAUGAUGUUGUUGAGAAAACAGUAUUUUACUUGGAAAUCAUAUUGAUAGCAGUGUUUACAAUUGAAUAUGGCUUACGUGUUUGGGCCUGUUCGUCGCAUGGAACGUACAGCGGCUGCGGUGGAAAAUUCAAGUUUAUUAGGAAACCGUACAUGGUUAUUGAUAUCAUCGUGAUCAUUGCCACGUUGGUUCUCAUCAUAGAACAUAAGAAGGCUGAGUUUUUAAAUAUAUCUAUUCUCCGGUUUCUGAGAUUUCUUCAAGUUCUGCGGAUUUUGAGACUAGACCGACAAAGAGGCGCAUUUAAGAUGGUCAGCCAGGUUGUGUACGACCAUAGACAAGAGCUGCUGACGUGUUGGUACAUGAGUUUCAUAAUUCUAAUUACAUGUUCAUUUCUUGUUUAUUUGGCUGAGAGGUCAUCAGCAACAGUAGGAGACAAUGGAAUGGAAAACUUGGCAGAUGGUCUGUACUGGGGAAUCAUUUCUCUUUUAACUAUUGGCUACGGUGACAUUUCUCCGCAAACGUGGGUUGCUAAGCUGAUAACAUGCUGUUUUUCCCUGGUUGGAACUGCAUUUUUCGCCUUACCAGCUGGUAUACUUGGCUCAGGAUUCGCUCUUCAAGUUGCACAACACCAACGUGAAAAGCAUUUCAAUAACAGAAGAAUACCAGCCGCCAUUUUGAUCCAGAGCUGUUGGCGAAGGUACGCAACUGACCCAAUAAAUGGCCUCCAUGCCACUUGGAUAAGAUAUCUACGUAUGAUCGACAAGCGUAAACUUCCUCGAAACGACACAAAGAGCCCUGGUGCUUCACCGUCAGUCGCCUCUGAUAAUCGGCGAUCUAUUAUUAAAAAGCUGCAGCUUGUGCGAACGUCAUCGUUAGCCGAAAAGUUUCGAAAUCGUUCUAAUGACUCUGAAUCACGAGAGGACGAAAAUCAGCUAUCGGUGACCGGAAUGGAGCUGCGAACGCAGAGAACUAGGUCGGAUGGCGAUCUCACGUUCAUCGACCAACUUCCGACUGAUGACGAAAAUCAGUCAACGAUCACUAGCUUGCCUUCCAUUGUCUAUGUCACCAAUCAAGGAACGAAAAAGGCCGCAAGAGGAAUGUGUGACUUGUUGUCUUUGCGCAAAGAACUGACAUCAACGGAAAGAGUUGCAAUUAGAUUCAUCGCUGAAGUUCAAUUCAUUCUUUCUAUAAAGAAAUUUAAGGAGGCGCGAAGGCCGUAUGACGUAAAAGACGUUAUCGAGCAGUACACAGCUGGACAAAUGGAGAUGUUUAGCUAUAUCAAAAAGCUUCAAUCAAGGAUAGAAGUUGCCCUUGGCCUAAACGGUGAUGAAGGGAAGGAUUCUACAAAAAUGAAUGUUCUUGGCCGGCUCAGUACGCUGGAAAGAAGAGUUGAAAGCAUUGACAGGAAGCUUGAUUUGGUAAUUAAAAUGCUACACGAUAGCAACAAAGUUAGAACAGAUCGAGCAUCCUCCUUCACGAAUACGAGACUGAAUGUUGAUCCAAGGCAUUCACACGAGACUUUAGAACAAAAGCCGCCCAGAAGUCCAAGCUUAUCACGACUAAAGACCAGGAAGAAAAACCAUCGUUUUAAAGUUACAAUCAUUGACGCAAAAGAUUAUCAGGAUGAACAACUGUGACUGGCGUGUAUCGGGGAAAAAUCCGCUGCUCCUAGUUGGAAUCCGUUCUGAAAAAAGUGCUGUUUAUAAUAAUUCAUUGAAUUUUAUAGCGGUGAAUCACAACUUGGUUUGUCGCAAUUUGCUUAUAUUGACGAUUACUUACAACGGUUGUUUGUAGUUUACCAAAAUUUACACCAGUUUAGAGUCUUGAUGACAGUUUAUAGCAGUUGAAUGCAGUUUUGUGCAGUUAUUGGCAGUUUGCCACUAUUUUAUACUGCUUGUUGCAGUUUUUUGUAGUUGACUGCUUUAUAUUGCUGUUUUCAAUACCUGGCUAAAGUUUAUUGCAGUUUUUGUAUGUUCACUGCAGUUUAUUGUACAGUUAAAAGAAGAUGCCAUCUUCUCAUUCUGUUCCAUUUACAUCAUUCCAAAGAGUUGGUAGGAUAGGAUGGUAUUGUCUGCAAUCCUGGAUUUAGUUUGUCUCUAGUAUGCUACAGUAUUAUUUUUGUCGAUUUUUUCUCAAGAAGAGGAAUUUUAUUCGACAGAGGAGUCUCGAGAAGAGGAGUCUAGUUAAUCUUUGAAGUAAUAUAUACUUUAGUCCUAUAUUAGACGUAGCUGCAUUUUGUAAGCCUAAACAUAGACUUUGGCCUAAACCAGCUCACUGUUGCAAAUACCUAAAUUAUUAAUCAUUCACUCUUCUUCUGAAUGUUGGUUGAUUUCAUUUCUUGGGUCCUACCAAUAUAGUAAAUUCAGAAACUUUACAUGCCCCUUAUCUUUCCAAUGUAUGACCAUUUAAAUCAUAGAAAAUGGAUUCUGCCACUAUUGAUCGAGCAUCUCUAGGUCGAGCAUCGAAAUAUUUGAGGGAUAAAUGGCAUCAAGAACAUUAUCAAAACAAGCGUUUUAUCAACAAACACCAGUGUUUUAAUUGUAAAGUACUAGAUCGCUAUAUUCAUCAUUAGAGAAUUUGCGGGUCAUUUUUCUUUGGCUGGUGCAAGACCGAUAACAGUGCAAGACCAACCUGCUUACUCAAUUGCACCUUUUCGUUCCUAGACAAUAACUAUGCUGUUUAGCAAGUGGCUAGUUUCCCUCAUUAAAUCACACAUAAUCAAAUCAAGGUUUGCUAGACAGCGUCCUUGCAAUGAGUGGCGAUUUGCUUUUAUUUCCAGUCAACAAGUACCGUACCUCCCGUAUUGUAUCUCCUAUUGCAAGGCAGUGCGGGUAAUUUGAAAUAUUGCACAUUAAUUUUGCAGUGCGUUAAUUAGCAUUGAUGCUAUGUUCAUGUGUCUUGUUUAGGAAGAAACAGAGACAAAUAAUUUGGCGCUUCUUUCACAUCGCUUGCUUUGCCUAUAAACAGAACCUCGAACUAUUUUGUCUCUUCCAAUGGCCAGUUCUAGAGUUCUAAUUGUUUGUGAAUUUUCAAAAAAAGUUGUUUUGAAUAGAUAUCGAGCUCCAAAUACAUGUAAAUAGAAUGUGGACUAGAAGAGCUUUGCCAGUCAUGUAAAUGAUUUGUACUUCUUUUAUGUAACACAAUCAUUUAGUUCAGGGUUUGGACACAACGCAUUAUAGAUUUUUUGAAAUAUUGUAAUUUUUGUGUAGAAAGAGAAUUUUUAUGUAGCGUUUGAAGUAAAUUUUAUGUAAAAUUGCUUUCGGUACAAGAUAUGCUGUUAAUAUAAAACAUUUUUCGUUAGAUUUUACGGUUGACAUCAACAAGUGUCCUUUGCAUUUUGUAUGUUUUUAGAAAUGCAUUUGAAUUCUGUUUAUUGGCUAGGUUUAUGUAAUCUUAAGUUUGGCAGUUGAUCACUUUUCCUUAGAGUUUUGUGCA